AGCUCUGGCUCAAGUGGCCCACAAGAAGACCGCCUUUCCUGCGGUCGAGGCGAAUGCUUUGAGCUUAAGGAGGACGAUGGCGGAGGAAGCGCCGGCUGAACAGGCCAUUGUCUUCCAUCUCGAGGUGCCCGGGGCACAGGGCCUCCCAAAGCCGGACGUGACCUACGUGCAGAUCUCGGGCUUGGGCCUCGAAGAGGACUAUGCCUCUGAAGCUCAGGUGGAGGAGUCCACAGAGCCAGGCCCAUGGCUGUUUCAAAGCUUGGAAGCCUUGGCAGAGGCGAAACGCCUGAAAGCUGAGGCAGAGGCAGCGCAAGGGAAGAAUAAGCCGAAGAAGGAUGCCCAGGACGAGUCCCGCCCGGCAUCCAUCGAUCCACCCACCGCGGUGUGUCGCAUCGCGCGGCCCUGCAAGAGCGCGCUGGAAAGGCAGCGGCUGCUGGACAGCGCCUGCGCGCCCUUGCGCGUGAAGCUUUUCCGCACGGGUGGUCAAGAGCUGGGCGAAGCCUCGAUGCAGCUCACGCAGCUGAUCCACGACACGGCAAACCUGGAGGUCGACCUGGAACUGCACUGGUCGGAGGCCUUGGUGAACGAGCUGAAGGCCGACUUCGACGAGGCGGUGGCAGCGGAGGCCGCGAAGGCGGAGGCCGAACGGGCUGAGGCUGCGAAGGCCGAGGGUGAGGCCGGCGAGGAAGCGGAAGAGGCGGUUCAAGACGAGCCGCCCCAGUUCAAUGCUCCUCCUCCUGGCCGACUCUUCUUCAAGAUCUCCACAGCCGCACCCAUGGGGCGCAUCCUUUGCCCCGAAGAUUUGCACGACUGGGCGGUGUUGACGACCAAGAUCGAGGGAAUUUACCACCUCCCGCAGAAACUGUUAGAGGCCGGUGGCCCCUUGCCGGAGCCUGGCACUGCGGAAGGGGUCUUGGAGUCACAUCCGCUACACUAUUCCAUCCGAAUCCUCGGAUGCGACUUCAAUGGUGGGCAACUGGUCCUGCCACACAUUGACCUGCCUCCUCCACCCGAGGAGCCAGAUCCAACGGCAGAACCGGGAGAUGAGGUGCCCCAGGAGCCAGAGGUGCCUGAAUCACCCACGGAGGCUGACAUUUCCUUCGAUAUUGGCACUGAAGAGUUUCAGGAGGACCUCAUGCGUGCAGGUUUCCCGGCAGCUCGAAGCGAUGGCCCUGCUGUGUUCAGCUUCCUGUGCCGCCCACGCACGGGGCUCGGGGGCCGCAUCGGGUUGCAGGACUUCUUACGAUUGCUGGAGAUUAGCGUGCCGGCACCGGCGGAGCAGCUUCUAGAGCUGCACACCGCGCUGGUGGAGAAACAUGAGAGUCUGGAAAUGGCAUUUACCAAUCUGGAUGCAGAAGCAGAAGGUGCUUUGACGAGAGAAAGCUUGGCAGCAGGUAUCGAAGAGCUUGGAUGGUCCAAAUCUCCUGAGGAGAUUGAAGCGCUUUUUGUGGCUUUGGAUGCGAGUCGCUCGGGCUACAUUAGCCGAGAAGAUCUCCGCAUCCUCAGCAUGACCAAGCGCAUGAAGGACUUGGACACCGCAGCGCGGGCGCUUCGAUGGCUGGUGUCUGCGUGCGGCUCACGGAUGACACUUUUAGAGCAGGUGGAUGACCAGAAGACUGGCAGCAUCACGCGCGAGGCCUUUCUGGCCGCCGCUCAACGCCUGGGGCUGGCCGAAACGGCCGGAGUGGCAAUGGCUUUUGACUUCGCGCAGUUGUUGCAAGGCGCCGAAGCCUUGGAUCAUGAGACCUUUCUGUCUCUUGGAGCGCUGGAGGCGUCCAUCGAUCUGCCACAAGCCUUGGUGAAACUCGAGGAGCUGGUGCUGACGGAGACCGGCCCGGGCGCCGAGCCUGGUCAAGCGGCCAUCCAAAAGCUGCUGGAUGACACGGCCGAGAGCGUGAGUGGUCCAGAGUUCGUGGCGGGUCUACAACGCUUAGACCAGGACUUCGCCUCCCAAAGUGCUCAGAGCUUGUUCUUCCUCCUCGCUGCGGAGGGCCUCGGCACCUUGGACGCUUUAGCCUUCUCCUCGCUUCGCGCCAUCAACGCUGCAGCCCAGUGGCGACGCCUGGCGGAGUGCCGUCGCUUCGUGGAGCAGGGCUUCGGCGAGGUGGACCCCAAUGCCUUCCGCGCGCUCUUCGAGGGAAGCGUGGAGGAUCUGCAGGAGGUGGAGGAGGGCUUACCAAGUGUGCGCUUCGAGGGCAAGGUCCAAGCUUAUCGUGGCCGGGAGUGGUUGCAACGCUUGUUGAACACCUUGGGCGACGAGCGCGGCAGGGAUCCGGUGUCGGAUCCCCUCAGCAAGACUGGUGGGACUUGGCUCUACAUGUUCCCAGUCCUCUUGGGUCAGGAGAGCGCAAUGGACUUCAAGGAGCUACCCGAGGCUCAGGCUGGCCAUGGCAAGUUGGCCCGGUGGCAUCAUGCUCAGGCCUUCUUGGAUCUUCGGCGCCUCAUUGCACCCAGCCAGGGUCGGGGCCCGGAGCUCGAAUUCCGAGCCUAUCUAACCCAAGUGGGCGCGCAGCCAGACUUCGAGGCUGAGUGGUCUGCCCCCUAUCGUGCCUGUCAGACCUACGUGAAAGGAGUCAUCAGCCUCGAUCGGCCCUUGCAGCGGCUUUGCCCAAGGGAUGUUCAAGCACCCACACAGCCGAAUGGCGAGCCUUACAUCCCUGCAGCUCCGCCCAAGCGCCCACCCCCCACGGUGAACGAGGAACUGGAAAAGGAGGCGGCCAGUCUCAUCGCACGCCUCUCCUUCGACUUCGCCCGUUGGUGUUACGACUCCGGCUUGGUGGAGACGAAGAUCGUUGGACCGGGAGGGGCCUUGAGCCCGAAUGCUUUGCUCGGAAAGAAAGGCGUCUCCCGCAGGGCUUUCCUGCGAUGGCUGGAGCAAGAGGGUGAUGGCAGCAGUUUGAAAGAUCUGGGGCAAGCACUGCGGCCGGCCAUUGUGCGCCUGGUGCGGGCGGAGAACAAGAACGGACCUGCCUGUGGGUUGAGUGGCAAUGAGAAUGAUGCCAAGUACACCUAUCUUAGGGACUACAUCUCUCGGCACCUCUUCCGCGCGUUGAAUGGCGAAGUCCAGAAGCACCGCCGCCUGCGGGACGAACUGCUCUGGCGGAGCCGGACGGAGGCAGAGCCCACGACGGACAGCUUGGAGACCCCAGAUGCCAUCUUAAAGCGGCUGACCUUCGAGUACGAGCUCCUGGGUGAUUGGGCCCGGGCGAGAGAAGUCUAUGAGGAGUGGCUAGCAUUGGAGGCCAAUGUGGAGAAUGGAGAGGCUUGGCUGAGCUUUGCAGGUUUCCUGAUGCGUUCCGAGCAAAACCAGCUUGACGCAGAGCAUGUGCUCAGAUAUGCACUGUCCUUGAGGACGGAGGAAGAGGGCCCUCACUUUCAGGAGGUGGCCUUUUUGGCUUGCCUCCUCGAAAAUCAUCGCUGGCCAUCCUUUUUGGACUCUGAAGGGGUCAGGUCAGCCCGCUUCGAGGCAGCCUUGGCAAUGGUCGAAUCCUACGCGGACAGGAACGCCUUUGAGCGGAUGCCCAUGUACAUCAUGUUCCUCCUCUUCGCCGUAGAGGCGGCCAAGCUGCGCGAGGAAGCUUCAGGAGAAGUGCCCCAGGAGGAUGCGUUGCAGCUGGCGGAGCAGAGCGAUCGCCUGGCCGCAGAGGCGGCCAAGUAUCUGGAGUUGGCACGGGCCGCACCCGAGAAAUGGCAAAGUACGUUGGAUGUGCUUCCCACCUUCCCCGAGCUGCAGCACCUGGUGGCGCGGGAGAAGGUAAACCGAGGCGCACCGGAGGCGCCCGGCGAGCCGCCCGAGCCGCCCGCUGCCUGGCAGCCGGGAGCGCAGCCGCUCCCGGCCUUUUUGGACGCGGGGACGCUGCGCACGGAGCCGGAAGCGGAGGAUGCUAUCGCUCUGCAAGUGGUUGAUCUGUUGUUGCACUUCGGCGUGCCGGACUUGGCGGGCUUCCUGUUGGGAGAAGCGGUUCAGGCCUAUGGCUACCUCUCUCCCGUGACCAUUAUGUCAGAACGCUGCCAGAUUCAGAUGCUAAAGGCCGUGAUGCUUUCCAAGGAUUGGGGCAAAGCAGAGUCCGUGGUCAGUGACCUCUUCAAACGUCGAGGCGGCGACCGUCUCCCCGAAGCCCACGCACUCCUGGGCGAGUGCCGCUUCCGGGCCGCGCGGGAUGCCGGCUCAACGAGUGCUGGCUACGAGUCUGCUCUCGCAGCCUUCGACGCAGCCCUUUGCUUCAUGACGGAGGAGACUUCAGCUCCGAAGCAGGAUCCAGUGCUACAUUUGCGAGUUGGAAGCAUCCUUCACAUGAAGGCGGAGGAGGAAGGCUUUGCGGACGCUGCGACCGUUCAGCGUGCGGUGAAGCACUACAAGAAGUCCGCCAUGCUGGCCCCAACAGCAGAAGCCUGGAAGAACAUUGGUCUUUGCUGCUAUCGCAAGGUGAAGUUCGAGUCCUCGGCGCCGCGGCGAGAGAAGAAGUUGAAGGAGGCCAUCAAGUAUUUGCAAGAGGCCAACGUUUUGGAUCGAGAGCGUCCAGAAAUCCUGGCGUGGCUGACCAUUUGUGCUGUGGAGCUUGGUGAGGUUCAAAUUGCCAAACAAGGCUUCCGGCAACUGAUGCAGUUCGAGCAUCGCUUGGAGGAGCCGAUCGCCUUGGAGCUGGUCCAUGUGCUCCUCCGCUUUAGCAAUGAGCAGCAGGCAGCCUCGUGGGGCGGCGAGCGAGGCCGCCUCGUGCAGGAUGCCCGCUACUCCGCUGAGGCAGCGGCGCUCUGCAAGGUGCUCCUGGGCCGCGGCGAGAACGGCCGGGCUCGCUACAUCUUGGCCUGGUCCAAGUUGUUGGAUGGCGAGCACGGCGCGGCCGCCGGGGAGUUCUGCGCUGCCUUGCCCUACUUGGUGGAGGAGCCCAACUUGCUGGAAGAGGCGGCCAACAUGGCCCGGCAGUGUGCAUCCAUGAUCCCCGGAGAGCCGCACUUGGCGGCACUGGUGGAGGAGGCCAUUGCCGUGGCCUGCGAGGGUCCGGAGCCGCCGCUGGACGACGAGAGCGGCUUGGCCGACGGCCCGGAGGAAGAGCACGGGAAGGUUGACCCGGACGAUUUGACUCCUGUAGGUUGAGGUGCCAAUCCAAUCUGGGGGAUUCAGCCCUCACUGGACGUGGUUUACAUAUUUUUUGAAGACUUGGAGGAAGUGUUGCCAUUUGUCAUCCAUUGGUCCCCAGCUUUUUUCCUUCAUCUCUUCGAAUUUGAGGUCUCACUCAGGUCUCACUCUUGACCCACCCCGUGGACUGUGGAACAAAAGGAUGUCGGAGCCCUUCGACCAUCGUGAUCGUCGUGUUAGUCGUCCAGACCUGCUCCACCAUGUGGA